GCCCCCAGUCCGCGAGCCAUGGAGCCGUCGGCGGGCGCCGCCGCCUCGCUCUACCGGCAGCUGAGCCAGCACCCGGCGCUGAGCGGCGCCUGCGUCGGCCCCGACCUCACCACGCAGUACGGGGGCAAGUACUGCAGCCUCUACACGGCCUGGUCGCAGCGGGACCUGGCGCGCGCCGAGAGCGUCAAGUUCUGCCGCCAGUUCCUGCUCUUCCACGACGGCAGCUCCGUGGCGUUCGCGGGGCCCGCGGGCGCCUGCUCCGAGCUCAAGGACGAGCUGCUCAGCAGGGAGGCCCCGAGCGGCGCGCUCAAGGCCGUGCUGCGCAAGGCGCGCGCCAGGGAUGACGAGAAGCAGUUCCUGGAGGUGUGGGACCAGAACCGCAAGGUGAAGAGCAUCGACCUGACGGCGCUCGACAAGCACGGCGGCGUCUAUGAUGACGAGCCCUUCGGCUGCCUGGCCUGGUCGCACUCGGAGACCCACCUGCUCUACGUGGCCGAGAAGAAGCGGCCCAAGGGCGAGUCCUUCUUCCAGAGCAAAGCGGCCGAGGAGCUGGGCGGCCCCCAGAAGCAGGAGGCGCCCGCCAAGGGCGAGCAGUUCGUGUACCGCGAGGGCUGGGGCGAGACGCUGGGCGGGCGCAGCACCCCCGUGCUCUGCGUGCUCGACGUGGAGGGCAGCAGCGUCUCGGUGCUCGAGGGCGUCCCCGAGCACGUGUCCCCCGGGCAGGCCUUCUGGGCGCCCGAGGACACGGGCGUGGUGUUCGUGGGCUGGUGGCACGAGCCCUUCCGCCUGGGCCUGCGGCACUGCACCAACCGCCGCUCCGCGCUCUUCUACGUGGACCUGGCGGGCGGCAAGUGCGAGCUGCUCUCCGAUGACACCCAGGCCACGUGGUCGCCGCGCCUCAGCCCUGACCGCUGCCGCGUCGCCUACCUGCAGAACAGCGCCCUGGGUCCCCACCAGCAGUGCAGCCGGCUGUGCGUGUACGACUGGUACACCGGGCGCACGCGCACCGUGCUCGAGGCCGUGCCGCGGGCGGCGGCGGGCGCCUUCCCGGGCAUCUACUGCAGCGCCCUGCCGGGGCUGUGCUGGGCCGCCGACAGCCGGAGGCUCCUGCUGGACACGGUGCAGCGCAGCCAGCAGGACCUCUUCGUGGUGGACACGCAGACGGGCGCGGUGACGUCGCUGACGGCUGAUGCCCCGCAGGGCAGCUGGUCGCUCCUCACCAUCGACAGGGACAUCUUGGUGGCCAGCUUCUCCACCCCAAGCUGCCCCCCCAAGCUGAACGUGGCGCUGCUGCCCGGCGCCGGCCGGGAGGCCCAGGUGCGCUGGAUCUGCCUGCAGGACGCGGCGCCGGUGCCCGGCAUCGCCUGGGCCGUGCGCACGCUGCGCCCGCCGCCGGCGCAGGACCACGCGCAGUACGGCGGCCUCGACUUCGACGCCAUCCUCCUGCGACCGAGUGAGGCCGGCGCCGACCGCAAGGCUCCGCUCGUCGUCAUGCCCCAUGGGGGGCCCCACUCGGUCUUCGUGGCCAGCUGGAUGCUCUACCCGGCCGUGCUCUGCUGCAUGGGCUUCGCCGUGCUCCUCGUGAAUUACCGCGGCUCGCUGGGCUUCGGCCAGGACAGCGUGGCCUCCCUGCUGGGCAACGUGGGCACGCAGGACGUGCAGGACGUGCAGCUCUGCGUGGAGCGGGUGCUGCAGGAGGAGCCGCUCGACCCGAGCCGCGUGGCGCUGCUGGGCGGCUCGCACGGCGGCUUCCUGGCGUGCCACCUCAUCGGGCAGUUCCCGGACACCUACCGGGUGUGCGUGGUGCGCAACCCCGUGGUGAACAUCGCCGCCAUGGUCACCACCACCGACAUCCCCGACUGGUGCCUGACAGAGUUAGGGCUGCCCUACGCGCCCGAGGCGCUGCCGGACCCGGAGCAGUGGGCAGAGAUGCUGCGCCGCUCGCCCAUCCGCUACGUCGACCGGGUCCGCGUGCCCGUGCUGCUGCUGCUGGGCGAGGACGACCAGCGCGUGCCCCCCAAGCAGGGCCUGGAGUAUUACCGGGCGCUCAAGGCCCGCGGCGUCCCCACGCGGCUGCUCUGGUACCCGGGCAACGGGCACGCGCUGGCCGGCGUCGAGGCCGAGGCCGACGGCUUCGUGAACAUCGCGCUGUGGCUGCUCGAGCACCUGCGGUGCUGA